AACACUUGACUAAACACUUGACUAAACGAUGCUGAAUCUCCUCAAAUUGUGCUCUCAAAACUUUUAGAACUUGAAAAACUAGUAUAUUUAUAAUGUAGCUUUUUAUAAUCUAGCACUGAUGAUUCCUAGUACAGUAGUUUGUGUUCGUAGGAUGGUUUGUAGUUACAUUAGAAUUACUAGGGCUAGAUUCGCCACACUAACCAAACAGCAGCAGCUUCUGGUUGCUAUAGCUUUUAUCUUUAUACUAUUGGUUUAUUUUGGUUAUUUUAAUCUGAGUAAGAGAAUAUAUAUCAGUGUACUUCCAGUUGAUAGAAGAUCUGUGCAAAAAUACUGCAACUUUCCAGUAAAUUCAAAUGGCGCUGAAGGAUCUAUUCCUGGUAGAGAUGGUGAUUUCCAGCUAGAGAUGGUCCAGGUAUUACUACGACAUGGAGAUAGGGCACCUUUUAGCAAAAUACAAGGAAUGGAAAUAAGAGAUUUGGAUUGUUCAAUGACACCACUUAAUGACACAGUCAAGAAGCUAUUUGAUGGUUAUCUUAAUGUCAUAGAGGACAUCAUUGUUAGAAGAAUGUCUUCCAAAGUUGUUCCUCAUAAUCUAGUAACAAGAUCAGAGAUUUGUCAAUAUGAUGGGCAACUGACAAAGAAAGGUUUCCAACAACUCUUUCAUAUUGGGCGGCACUUCAAAACAGCAUACAGUAAACUGAUUGAAAAUGGAAUCAAUAACAAUCAUGUAUAUGCAAGGUCAACAAAUACUGACAGGACACUACAAUCUGCAGCUGCAUUAUUGUAUGGAUUUCUGGGAGAAAAGUCCAUUAAAAAAGGUCACAUUGCCAUUAGUAUAUCUCAAGAUAGGUUUUUCAGGGACAAUGAUGAUGGUACAGUAUCUCCCUGUCCAGCUUAUGAAAAACUAAUGGAAAGAACAAAACAGUCUAAAGAAUAUCAAUCAGGUAGUGCUGCAAUGGAGCCUUUAAUGUUGGAAAUGUCCAAUCUAUUGAUGGCUCCUAGAGAAUCAAUUAAAAAUGUUAUUGGUCUUGCAGAUGCUUGUCUAGUCCAUAUUUGUCAUGGAUUACCUUCACCAUGUACUGUAGGAGGAUGUAUUCCACAAGCAACAGCAUUCAAACUGAUUUCAUAUGCAGAUUGGGCUUUUUCUCACAACUACAGCCAAGUGGCAGAUAUGAUAUCUCUGCCUGUGAUGUCUCAGAUUGCCUCUAGAAUGGUUGAUAAAGCUUCUUCCAAGACACCUGUUAAAUUUGCUAUAUAUGGUGGUCAUGAAAUCUCAAUCAUUCCUGCACUUAUGUCACUAGGGAUAUUUGAACAAAGGUGGAUACCUUACGCUUCCAGGCUCAUCUUUGAAUUUUGGAAAAAAACCGGUGUUAUAAAUGAAACCAAGAAAAAUCAAAGAGGUUACAUCAGAGUUCUUUAUAAUGGAGAAACUGUGACUUCAAAUCUUAAAUUUUGUAAAAAAAACCUUUUUGAAAAUGGUGAACUUUGCCCUUUGGAGGAUUUUCUUAGAUGGUUGGGAGGUGGAAGAAUCGAGGAACCUCAGAAAAGCAUACAACAGCAGAAGUCUAAAUGUAUGACUGAACAAUAGCCAGUGAUGAGUCAAGAGUCCAACUGGCAUGAGGAGGUACAUUUGACUGGCCAUUUUCCAAAACUCUAUAUAAACAUAGAAACGGCCAAUGUCUGCUCUUCAAAGUCUUGGUAUUUAUGUUGAAUAUUUAUUUAAUGUUUAUAAUACUGGUAUGAUAUUUAUUGGAAUAGGUACUUAUUUUUCUAGAGAAUUGGAAGUAAGAUUUUAUUACCAAGAAUGGAGGCAAUAAGCCAAAUGCAUCCCGAGGGAUGUAUAGGCUUAUUGCCGACGGUCAAGGUAAUUAUUUCAUUUAUCAAUUGAGAAGGUUUUCUAUCAAAAUGUUGCUCAUUAUAAAUGCAAAGU